AUGUCUUUUCGUUCCGUUUUUGUGAUUCUAUCUCUUAUUGUUGUUCUGGCCCUCCUCCCCGGACAGGCAUGUAGCAGUACUGGAGGAAUGUACCUGGUGAUCCACGAAGGACCACAACCAAACCCUGAGGAAACCAAGAUGACCUCAGGGUCCAUGUCGGAACAAACAGAGCUGGAGAUCACCCCCCCCCCUCUUUGCCCCCUCUUCCUUGACAAGUCAAGUGUGCAAUGUAUAUGCACCUGUGAAGAAGACAGCAAAGUAAUUCGGUAUAUCAAUCACAUCUCCAACCACCAGCCCAACCACUGUAUUCAAUAUUGA